CGCUCGGCGGCGAAAAACUCGGCGACUCGAAACGCAAAGCAAAAAUAAUAAAGAAAGAAACGCGGUACACACGGCUGUCGCGGCUGCCUGUCCUCUUCUCAACCGAUCUAACCGAUACGGAUACUGAUACUGAUACUGAUAAAAAUCUGAUCUGAUCUGUCCAUAUUUUUUUUGCGCGUGAAUAAAACCAGAACAAGCCCCCGAGGACUUUGUGAUUGUGACCAGCUAGUGACUUUGUGAGCGAUCUGAGAGUUUGACAUACUUCAACGAGCGCUUCUCCACGGGAUUACAGCAGAUACGCCGGACAACGGCGGAGCACAAGUAUAUAUCUGACAUGACCACAUCUCACAUCUUGUCCGCCGUGGAUCCAACGACCGGACUCAAUGGCAAUGUGGCGGCAGGCGGCGGGGCUGGAUCGCCACAGCAUGUGACCCACAAUGGACAUGGCCAGGGGCACGGACACGGCCAAGGACAUGGGCACGGACACGGCCAGGGACACGGAGGAGGCGUAGUGGCGGUUGCCUCUGGGCCCAGCGGCAAUGGCAGAGCAGGCCCGGGCAGUCCCAGCGAGCUGGACCGAAACCUGCGCGUCUCCCUGGAUGACCGAGAGCUCUGGCUGCGCUUUCAGAACCUCACCAACGAGAUGAUCGUCACUAAGAACGGCAGACGCAUGUUCCCGGUGGUGAAGAUCAGCGCCUCAGGCCUGGACCCGGCGGCUAUGUACACUGUUCUGCUGGAGUUUGUGCAGGUGGACUCGCAUCGCUGGAAGUACGUCAACGGCGAAUGGGUUCCCGGCGGCAAGGCGGAGGUACCUCCCUCGAAUCCCAUCUAUGUCCAUCCCGAGUCCCCCAAUUUCGGGGCCCACUGGAUGAAGGAGCCCAUUUCAUUUGCCAAGGUUAAGCUGACAAACAAGACCAAUGGCAACGGGCAGAUAAUGCUUAACUCCCUGCACAAGUACGAGCCGAGGGUGCACCUGGUGCGUGUGGGCUCCGAGCAGCGGCACGUGGUGACAUACCCCUUUCCGGAAACGCAGUUCAUCGCCGUGACGGCAUACCAGAACGAGGAGGUAACCUCGCUCAAGAUCAAGUACAAUCCCUUCGCCAAGGCCUUCCUCGACGCCAAAGAACGGCCGGACACACUGUAUCCGCACGACACCCAUUACGGCUGGCUGAUUCCUCCACCCACGCACUAUGCCGCCGCCGCCGCUGCCGCUGCAGUGGCUGCCCCGCCACCAUUGCCCCUAGGACAGAGCCACAGCCUAGUAGGCGCCAACACAGUGUCGUCGGCAGCCACCUCGGGAUCUAGCUGUGAUCGCUACGGACGUUCGCUGUCCAGGCCCAGCGUGGCCUCUACCACCCGCUCUACGCCCUACAGCAGGCCACGGGUUGUCUCCGGAUCGGGCUCUGGAUCGAAUGGCAGCGCCGGCAAUGCCUCCUCCUCAUCGCCGCAGCCACCGUCGGCCCCUCAAACACCCACCAGUCUGCAGUCGGUAACGACGGGAUCUGUGAGCACCAGCGUGAGCAGCAGCAGCAGCGGAGCAGGAGUCGGAUGCUACGGCAGCGCAUACUCGCAGUCGGGCUUCAUGCCAGUCCCAGUAGAGGCCAGUCCCACGGCCUCGGUGUUCUCGUAUCCCGGCAGCUGGCAGAGCAAUGGCAACUACUGGAACGCCACGAGUGUGCCCGGCCCCAUGCCCAUGAACGUGUGCAGCAGCAGUCGCAGCACCAUCUCCACACACAAUUCGCCAUCGCCCACGAACGGAUCACCGAGCUACACGACUCCUUCACCCAGCUACACUAUCCAUCAUCUGACGCCCCAUGGCCAUCAGUACAACAUGGGACAGACGGACCUGUACGGCACAGGAGUGGGGGCUACUGGAGUGGGCACUUCCCAGGCGGCGUACGGAGGCACGCACCAAAUGUACCACCCCACGCCCACCUCGCCCACCCACCAGCUGUAUACGAACGUGCUGAAUGGACCGUCGGCCCUCAGUUACCCCACGGGCGGGUGGCACAACGGAUCCGGGGCAGAGUACGGACUGUAUCAGAAUGCAGCAGCAGCCGCCUACUACCAGCCGGAGUACAUACCGCUGGAAAUCGGCUACGCCUCCCAUCCUCUGGAGCCCGUGGACGUUUCGAAGGCGCUGGACGAUCCGCAGUCCGAUAUGUACAAGCCGAGCGAGGAGCACAGCUCGGUCAUUACCCUGGAGUGCCCCGGUUCCAGCCUGAAGACCGUGCAGCACAACGACAUUAAGCUGGAGUCGUCCUCCGCCUUGGAUCAUCACUCUGUGGAUAGGGGGGUAGUCGUGGCCAGCGCCAGUACCAUUCCAACGGCUGUGCCCACCUCAGUGGUCACUGCGGUCAGCGCCGACACUUGGACGCCCCUGACUCCGCCCCAGAGCACGCUGCAGUGAUUGGGAGUCGCAGAAGCAGACGCACAGUCCCAGCCUUUAGACGCAUGACCCCCCCAAUGGAUAUUCAAUCGUAUUAGAUUUAAAAGUUAUACUCUAUCAGUCCCUAAUGCAUAUCCCAAGCCCACUCUUAUUGUAGAUUUACUUACGAUGUAAACAUUUUUUUUUUUUCCUAUAAAGC